AUGGCGACGUUAUGCUUGUGGAUACUGGGAUUGCUGUGUUCCGUGAUUGCAGCAGAGAAUAGCGUAGUUAGCAUAGAUUCGCAUGAGAUUUGUACCACGAGAACCAACGAUCCUGGCAUCUGCGUGUAUCAAUACCAAUGUAAAGAUGGCGUGCUGAACAGUUUUGGUGAGCACAUCAUCGACCUACGGCAGCCGUUGGAUGAUUGCAAUGAUCAUCUGUUGGUGUGCUGUGCAGAGCCAACUGAAGAUACGACUGCUGGGAACGAGCCGUUCACAAAUGUUUCCACUGGUCGAGAGCCAUGGGACACCGAAGACGAAGAAAACGCAAAACCACCUCCGAGAGUUCCCAGCAAUGGCCAAGAGUCUGAAAAACGGCCGACUGUCGACAUAAAGCCGUACACUAUCGAGGGCUGUGGGCAUCGCAACCCGCACGGAGUGGUUUUUACAAUCGAAAACAACGUGUUCAGUGAGUCCGAGUACGGUGAGUAUCCGUGGGCGGUGGCCAUCUUUAAGCGCAGUAACCAAAGCACGCUAAAAUACAUCUGCGGAGGAGCGCUGAUCGAUCAGACGGCGAUCCUCACGACGGCGAGCUGUCUGAAGGCGUAUCGGCACAAUAUGGGGUCGCUUGUGGUGCGUCUAGGUGAGUGGGACAUUGACACGGCUCGCGAACCCUUACCUCACGUUGACAGCGAGGUGGAGAAGAUCCAUCUUCACCCUCAGUAUGGCACGACGAGCAAGAUCAACGACAUAGCGAUCAUUAUCCUGCGGGACACGGUCGAGUUAAACCAUAACAUCGGUGUGGUUUGUCUCCCGCCAGUCAACACCGACCCGCGCGGCGCUGACGUGGUCGGUGUCGGUUGGGGUGAUGUCCCGACUUUUGUAGAGCCGACGAAGCGCCCCCAAACAAUUCUUAAAAAGACGCACCUGCGACAUCUGGCCCACGAGACCUGCCAACAAACGCUGCGCAGGCUCAUGGGUCGUCGGUAUAUGCUGAGUCCCAGUUUUCUGUGCGCUCAAGCGACAGACCCGGAGAUGUUGCCGUGCAAGGGUGACUCAGGCUCACCGUACGUGAUGGAGGCUGAACAUGGGAUCGAGCGCUAUUACCUGGUGGGGCUUAGCUCGUGGGGUUACGAUUGCAACAAGCAGAACGCACCAACCGUACUCACCAACGUCGCGUACCAUCGCAGGUGGAUUGAUGGAGUCAUCAACGACGAAGAUCUUAACACGCUUAGCUAUACGUACGAGGGACAGUCGGGAAAUGAAGAGGAAUAAAAACG